AUGUUUAAAAAAAAAUCUGUAAUAAAUAAUGGUGGUACUCAACCACGAGCAAAAUCACCACCUGGUAAUAAACGAAAUGGUAUUACUUCUCCAAGAUUUUAUGAAAUUCUCGAUUAUGUUGCAUCGAGGAUGAAUGACGGUAAUGAUUCAUCUAGUGGAGUACAAGAAAACAGUACAGGAACAUUUAUCAUCAAGAAUUCCGAAACAUUAAAAAAUAAUCAAUAUUUAGAUACAUUAUUACAAAAUAUUGUUCCAUCUUUAACUACAAUUGAAAAAUCAGUUGCGGCUAAAAUUUAUUUUGAAAAUUAUUUUUAUGGUAUACUUAAGAAACCAUCAGGACGUACUAAAAGACGUUUACAACUUGAAUCAGAACUUGAAAAAAUGGCAAUUUCUGAUAAAGAUAAACGUGAAAUUCGACAAGAAUGGCUUGCACUUGAAUCUGAUUAUAUGCGUAUUUUACGUAAAAAAAUUACUGUUAAUGCUUUUCAAAUGAUUAAAACAAUAGGUCAUGGAGCUUUUGGUGUUGUUAAACUUGUUCGUGAAAAAAAUACUGGUAUAUUAUAUGCCAUGAAAAUUAUGAGAAAAGCUGAUAUGUUAAAAAAAGGUCAAGAAGGUCAUCUACGUGCUGAAAGGGAUUUAUUAACAGCUGCUUCUGAAUCGGCUAGAUGGAUAAUAAAGUUGAUUUAUUCUUUUCAAGACGCUGAUCAUUUAUACCUUGUUAUGGAAUAUAUGCCUGGUGGUGAUUUAUUGAAUUUACUUAUUGAAAAAGAUACUUUUGCGGAAAAUUUUGCUAAAUUUUAUGUCGCUGAAAUGGUAUUGUGUAUCGAAGAGGCACACAAACUGGAUGGACAUAUAAGACUUUCAGAUUUUGGAUUGGCGACAGAUUUUCAUUGGGCACAUGAUUCAUCAUAUUACGACCAACAACGUCGAGAUCUUUUACGUAAAACAGGAGUUGAUGUUGAAACUGAUACACUUUCAAGAUUAAUGGGAAAAAAGUAUCAAUCAACAAAAUGGUUAAAUAAAUGGUCUGAUGAUUCUGAUUCUGAUAAUGAUGUCCCUAAAACUCGUAUCUUAAGUUGGAGAGAUAAACAUCGUAAGAAUAUGGCUUACUCUAUUGUCGGAACUAAUAAUUAUAUGGCUCCUGAAGUUUUAAGAGGAUCAGGGUAUGGCAGAGGUUGUGACUGGCAAGUAUCUACUUAUCCUAAUAGUUAUAUUAUCAAUUGUUAUAUUGUCAUGUCAACUAUAAUUAUUUAUGAAAUGUUGUAUGGAUAUCCUCCAUUUUGUGCCAAGUCUCGUCAUACAACUCGGUUAAAGAUUAUUGAUUGGCAAAACAAUCUGAGAUUUCCACCUUCAACUUAUAUUUCUCGUGAAGAAGUUCGUCUUGGUUCAAGUUCUUCAAAAAAUACAAUUCGACCAAAUGAACUUUAUCUCGCAAAUAGAAAAUCUACUGUAAUGGGUUUAGGAGAUGCAUCAGAUAUUAAAUCACAUCCUUGGUUUAAAGGUAUUGAUUGGGAUAAUAUUCAUAAAAUGACACCACCAUUUAUACCUCGAUUAAAAGAUGAAACAGAUACUAAAUACUUUGAAGAUAAUAUCGAUGAUAAUCCAUUAGCUCCUCCUGAUGGUGAGAGGAAACCAAGAGAUCCUAUGUUAAGAGAUAAACGACAUGGUAAAGAUAUAUUAAAUAUGCGAAAAGCAUUAGCAUUUGUUGGAUACACGUAUAAAGGAUUACCUACUGAGCAACAAAGAGGUGGAAUGGCUGAACGUAUAGCAGGAAGGUCUAAUAGUAUUGGUGGAAGUUGGAGAAUUCGAUCAAUGAGUUUGUAA